GGCGCAGAGAGGGAACGGACUGAAGCGGACUCCUGUUACAAUGCUGUCUUACAGACUAGGGUAAAACAAAGCUCAUGUUUGCAUUCACGUAGACUGUUUUUCGUAAAACCGCUUCUUUCGGUGAAAGGUGGACAGAGAAGUCUGGAAGGUCCGGCGAAGAACAAACGAUCAUGUAGGCUAUCCAGACGUCCGAUUUGAGUCAUGGGCUCAGAAGCUGUGGAGGACUGUGUGCAGGGGGCACUUGCAUCCCUCUACCCUCCGUUUGAAAGCACAGCUCCCCCUCUUCUCUCUCAGGUGUUUUCUGUGCUGGAGUCGACCUACCAGCAUGACAGCUUGAGGUACCUUCUGGACUACUUCAUCCCAGCCAAACACCUUCUGCACAGGCUGCAACAACAUGCGUGUUCUCAGUAUCUGGGCUGUCUGUUCCUUCACUCCGGCUGGCCUCUCUGUCUGGGCGAGAAGGUGGUGGUGCAGCUCUCCACCCUAGACUGGAGGCUCCUGCGCAGUACCGACUUCUACCUCCAGGUGGUGCCCUUCUCCACGCGCUGCCCCCGGCUGGCCCUCAAGUGCCUGGCACCGGGCGGGCGCAACGUGCAGGAGGUGCUGGUGCCCGAGUCACAGCACCCCCUAGUGUUCACCACGGAGUGGCUGCACAGCGUCAACAAGGAGCGAGGCUGCAAGAGAGACGGAGGGACAGGGGCGCUGGACACGUGUCUUGUAAGCACAGGUGACGGAGUUCUGCGUCUGCCGUGGGUUGACGUGGUCUACCCGAAGUUUGUCUGCAACCCCCAGGGAGAGGAGCUGGGAGACCUGGCCCUACCAGCCAACCCUGGUAGCCCCAGCCAGAUCUCCUCUGCUGGGAUGAGGGCAGGUCGAGGCUCGGGCGGAGGUGGUGGAGGCGGUCUGGGCUGGGGCUCAUCGUCUGGUGAACUGGACUCCUGGUCGUGGGACGAGGAGGACGAUGACGACGAUGAUGGCAACGACCCUGAUGGCACCGAGGCUGAGGCGGCUCUGGUGGCCCUGGCACGCCGGCGGGCCAGCGCGGAUGCCCUCGCUGGACGGCUGGGGGCGUCGGCGUCAGCAGUGGCGCCCCCUGGGGACCGGGAGGGUGAUUACGUGGAGCUCUUGGAACCCCGCGGUGGGCCGGACGGCGGGGCUGACCCGUCCCAGCAGCGCUACCUGGAGAUGCACGGCGUCAGCAAGACCAGGACGCUGCCGCUGUGCCGACGCGCCAAGGCCAUCAAGCUGCGCCGGGGCAAAGCCUGGGCGUUCGGACGAACCGACGCCAACGGUGGCGGCGCAGGGAGCAGGUCGGGGGCCGCUGCUCGUCGAGAUGGUGGUAGCCAGGCCGGAAGGGACUGGCUGCAGUCACGGCCCAUGCCCCGCGUCAUUGAUUUGGGCCGCGAGAGACGCAACCAUACUGCACAGGAUUUGGACGUGGAGGAGCGAUACGUUCGAGACCCGACAGGCCUCGAAAGCAGGGGACUUUAUUUGGGAGGGCCGGCCAAGGAGAGGAGGCCUGGAGUGGGCAGGGAGAGGGAGGGAGCUGCCUGCACUCUGCCCUGGGAGGAGAGCCAGAGGUGUAAAGGGUCGGCAAGUAGCAGGAGCAGGGGAGGGUCUGAAGCACAGCGAGAGGAGGCGGCAACCGAUGUGACCAAUCACAAAGGGGAACACUCUGGGGAGGGCCAAUCAGACCAAGGAUCCCAUUCGGACUCUGUGUUUGAGGACACUGACAAACCGUUAGCUGAUUCUCUCAGCAGCGAGGACUGUCCGUCCACACCAUUGGCUGAAACUCCGGUAAGCCCGGUGUGUCCAGACAACCCAUUGGCUGGCACGUGCAGGGAAGGAAAAGGCGCCGCCAGCCAAGCAGCCGCUGAUUCUGAAUGCUGUGAUUCAGCAGGCGGGGGGACACCACCGCAAACAGGAAAUACCAAAGAGAACUCAAACUCAGAGAGAACACAUUCCCAACCUGGUACGGGCAAGGUCACAGAAGAAAAGCAUUGUGGGAAGUCUGAGGAGAGGGUUUGUCCCAGAGGAAAGGAAGUGAAGUCAGGAGGAUUCAGAGUGCCCAGGAGGAAGAGGAAGGUCAAAGGAGGAAAAGGGAAGUGUAAGUCUGGUGCCCGUGGCAACCAAAAAGGCAAGGAUCCGGCUACUCCAAAAAGCCAAAACAAAGCACCUCAAAAUGGCAGCGCUACCGCGUCAGCCACCAAACUGCCACUCAGUGAAGAUAACCAAUCCAAGCAACCAAAGCUGUCCUCAGGGCCGGACAAAGAGCCACCUUUAACCAAUGAGAAUGGAGAGAAGGAAGAGGAGGAACCAAAGGAAAGCAAUAAAGAAAAUCAGGCAGUCGUAACGGACAGCCCUCCUGAUGCAGUCAGCCAAGGCUCACCUCCAACUGACCACUCCGCAGAAGUGGAGGCAUCCUCGACACUUCCUGACCAGUUAGAUGGUGAAUCUCCAAAAGCCCCACCCCUUUUGAGGGAUUUGGAUCAGGAGCUGCUCCAAUCAGGGAAGCUGUUAUUGACAGGUACGGUGGACAGGCUCGGUCGGGGUCUGGUUGUAACUGAAGCACACCUCCCAGAAGAAGGUUACCCGGCAGACGAGAUGGCCAGGGUCUUGGCAUGCUACUACCACAUCACCCGGCCGUCUGCGAAAGAGAAAGGCCUGACCGUGAUCAUCGACAGCAGGCAGGCCCCUCCCUCUGAGCUCUGCCUAUCUGCCCUCAAAUCUUUCAAGACUCAGGUGCCAGAGGGCCUUGCUUCAGUGCUCAUUCUGACUGAUGAGCAGCAGGAGUCGUCUCAGCCCGCUCUGGAUGGAAUAGAGGUGCGCACAGUGCGGGGCACAGGGGUCCUUCAGCAAUUUGUAGACAGGCAACAGCUGACCACGGAGAUGGACGGGGACUGCCAGCAUUCACACUCUGAUUGGCUGACCUUCCGGCUGAGUUUGGAAAGGCUGACUGAGCGCUGUGAGAGCGCCCUCUCUCUGCUGGAGGAUGCACUGCAGUCUAUGGAAAAGGAGCCUCUGCCCGCCAGCAUCAAGACUGUCACUGCCAGUGUGGACAAGCACAGGCAGCUGAUGACGAGCGUCCUCGCUGACCAACGGCUGACUGAACUACAGUGUAGAGGUGGGGCUUGGCUGGCUGGACUGUCCAAUGGCACAUCGGGAUUGGCACAGAGGUCUCCAGACUGCAGGGCUGCGCUGGCUAUGACGUCCAAACUCUAUGACAGCGUAGACGAUGCACUCCACAAUCUCGUCCAAGUAUCCAACCAGAAGGGUCGUGACCUGGAAGCACUUGGAAGGCUGGCUGGCCUCGUUGAUAAACUGGAUAAGUGUGAGAAGGAGAUAGGGAGUGUUCAGGAGCAGCUGGAGGACUUUCGGGACCCACCCCUCUCUCUCAGCAGGCUCUCCCUCAAGCAGCAGAAGUUCAAGAGCUUCAGGGAGUCGGCCAUGGAGCUGAACCGGGACACUUUGGCGGUCCUGGGGGAGGUGGAAGGCUGGGGAGACCUGGAGUGGGCGGGGCUACCUGCGGUGAUUGACAGGCUCCCGCCGGUCCGAGAGAAACUUCGGGACAUGAGCCACUGUCUGUCUGACUGUUGGACCCAGCUGGACAACACACAGAGACUGCUGUCCACCCUGACAGAGGCCUCUCAGUGGUGCGACGUCGUCUCCUCCUCCUCCCCGUCCUUCUCCACCUUGGCCUCCCUCUCCUCCUCCUCCUCCUCCUCCUCCUCCUCGCCCCUCUCCUCCCUGCCCCCCAUCCCCCCCUCCCGCUUCCAGGACGCGCGGGCCCUGGCCCUGGAGCUGGGCGGCGGCCCCUUGCUGGAGCUCUGGUCCCAGACGCUGGAGCGCUACCAGCAGACCCUGGCCCAGUUCAAGAGCCGCCUGCUGCAGGCCGAGAGAGGAGGGGGGCCCCUGGACGGUGGUGGGGGGAGCGGGGUCACCUCGCGCGGAGGCGUAGGAGGUGGAGGAGGUGGAGGAGGUGCGGGUGGAGGCAUGAGGCCCCUGGGCCACGGCGGGAGCAGCGUGUGGGAGCUGUUAGGGGGAGGAGGAGGAGGUGAUGGGGAGAGCGGAGAGGUAGCGGAGCUCUGGGGGUCGGAUGGAGGAGGUGGAGGAGGAGGCGUAGGGCUGCAGUCGUGGGGGUCGCUGGCCUCGCUCUUCCGGCCGCAGAACUGCUCCACGCUCAAGAUCGGAGAGGAGAGGAAGAAGGACGGAGGACCCACAGAAGCUCCCCUCCCUCCCAAGCCUCCCCGUAAGCGCCACCCCAGCUUCGACCUCCAGGCCCUCCUGGCUCCGCGCCGCGCUCCCACCCCGGCUCCGGCUCCCGCCCGACCGGCAGAGACCCCCGUGGGGCCGGCCAGCCGCAACUCCCCCCUGUCCUGGCUGGGUCGCCGAGCCCUGGCAGACCCCAUUCUAACUGCAGGAGGUGGGGUUCUGAUCCGGGGCGUGGAGGUGAGCAGCAAGGAGGUGGCUGACCACACGGGGUUGUCACGGCAACACGUGCUGCUGAGCCGCGCUGAGAGGGAGACAGGCGGGGAGCGACAAGGAACCACAGCACAGAGUAAGCUGUACGUGCAGUGGUGCCGGCUGGUCAACUCGGAGCGCCAGUACGUGUCCACUCUGCGGGGCGUGGAGGAGCACUUCCUGCCCCAGCUGGACGGUCCCGACGCCCCCGCGGCCAUCAGGGGCCAAGGCCCCGCCCUCUUCUCCAACUGGAGCGACCUGUGCGCCUUCCACACGCAGUACCUCCUUCCGGCCAUGGAGGGCGCUCUCACGCAGACCUUGCAGCAGCAGGACUGUUUCAUCAAAUAUAGGGAACAGUUCCUCCUGUACUCUCACUACAUCCACACCAAACCGGACCUGGACUCCCUGCUGGUCAGUCAGGCCACUGAGUUCUUCAAGCUGAAGCUGUCCAGUCUCUACCCCCACUCUGCGCUGGCGUUCCCCGGGUGCCUGCGGGCGCCGGAGCAGCGUCUGGAGCAGUACUGCGAGGCCCUGGAGGAGCUGAGCGGCCUCAACCCCGCGCCCGCCCCCGACGUGGCCCACGCCAUCCUCCGCCACGCCCAGCAGCACGGGCAGGACCUGCGCGCCAGCGACCUCAUCACGGGCUGUCCGGUGCCCGUGAGCGAGCGCGGCGAGCUGGUGCGCUUCGGCGAGCUGCUGGUGUGCGGCGGUCCGCGGAGGCGUAAGUCGGGCCUGAGGAGCGUCUUCCUGUUCCAGCACCACCUCAUCUUCACCAAGCACAGGACGCCCAGCCCCGGACGCACCGCAUACAGCUUCAAGCACAGCAUCAAGACUGGUGAGAUGGGCCUGACCCAGAGUGUGGGCGAGGACGGUCUGAAGUUUGAGGUGUGGGUGCGCCAGGCUCCGCGCACGCGGGACUGCCUGACCCUGCAGGCCCACACGCCAGAGGACAGGGCCGCCUGGGCCCACGACGUCGCCCAGCUGCUGUGGACGCACGCCAUCAACAACACAGAGUUGUGUCUGAAGGAGACUCUGUGUGUGGGGGUGAGCAGUAAGCUCCUGUUGGACUUCACGGGAGCGCCGACCACAGAGAUGGACUCCACCUUCAGUUUGAAUGACCGAGUUCAGAGUAGCUGUUCUGACUCUUCCUCUGUGGGGAGUCAGAAGGAAGGAGGCUCUCCAUCCUCAUCCAGAGACUCCAAGAGAAAUUCUGCUCAUUCUCAGAGUACAUCACCUUCUACUGCUGUCUAAUCAUCUCAACUUCAAAAAAAAACUGGACUUUGCAUACACAUCAGGACCCCCAUCACUCCUUUUUCUCUCUCUUUCACUGGAUGGAUAGAACUGGAUCCGUACUGGAACAUAAUGGACUACGAGGAGACUUUUCUGGAUGGAGAAUGUGCCGGAAAAAAGAGAAACUCACCUGAGCUUCUACGGUUGCCGCCAUGUUGGCUCAGAUUCCUUCAAGUUGCUCUCUUGGUGAUCGGUGACCAGGCACUCGAUAAUGAAAGUGGCCACUGGUGAAUGCAUGAAUAGUCUAUUCAUUCAUUCAUUGCUAUGGUCUAAGUGGGUUUGGUUGAAGACAUGGUUUAGGAAUGUUAAGCUAUGGGACAGGGUAUGUGUGGACGUAGUAGGGGAUUGUGUAGGAUAGUUGCCUAGCGCAGAAGUAUGUAAAGGCUUUGUUCAGCACUGGCGAUGGUUAAGCUGCAUCACACAAGUGUCUCUCUGUGUGUGUGUGCGCGUCAGAGUGACUGACUCAUCUGACAACAUAGUAGUAGUGUGUGUGCGUGUGUGUGCCAACAUGCACAUCAUAAGUGUGUGUGUGUGUGUGUGUGCUACAUUGCGUGCAUGAGAGAAGAGAUUAAACCCAAAGCAUGACAAAAAUAACGACAGGCCCCAGUGAUCAGAGGUGCGAGGUUCUUUUCUUGUUCCACGCGCUGCAGUCUUGUCUCCGUGGGGGAAGAGAGGAGAGGAGAGGAGAAGAGAAGAGAAGAGAAAAGAGAAGAGAAGAGAAGAGAAGAGAAGAGAAUCGUCUCCAGCUUCAGCCUCACGUGGGGCCUCGAGUCCCAAACCGGCAAGCGCCUUGCAGAAGCCUUUUUUAUUUUUUCAAUCACCUCUAUUAAUCAACUACAAAAGCCGCAGUCUUCAUUUAGUGGUGCUGACUUAAUGCAAGCUUGCUUGUGCAUACAUCAAGCUGUGUUGCUCAGUUGUCUCCAUGCAUACAGUAUGCAAAGAGGAUAUACUUACAGUUGGGCUUGGUUUAUUACAGGUUUGCUUGUACCGAUAGUAUUUGCCAAAAAAGGUUACUUGUCUAAUAGGAUGUGGUGAAGAUGGUGUCUUUUUGAUUACCCAAGUAACAUUUCUUAUCAGCUUUUUUCGUACACAAGCUUCGGCACACAUUAUAUGGAUGAUUUCAAAAUCUGCGUCAGUAGACCUGUAGUAUAUCAGUGCUUGAGCAGACUAUGCAUGUGGAAAAUUAUAGUCGUAAAUCUGACAGAGACAGAUCCCUAAGAAAAUGAUGUAUCGUGUCAUCAGAUUUGGAUAAUGCUUAUGUAAGGAUGGGAGAGCACAGAGGUUUUCCGAUGGGAUCUGGGAGAAGUGUUUUCGACAUGAAUGCUGCACACGAGAGUUCGGAAAAGAUAUCAAACAUUGAUGGUUACUUGUGGAAGAAAAACUUGGACUCCGAAAUUUAUGAAGUGAAACGCAUGCCUACCAAACAACAUUUACUACAAGGCUACAGUACAUGUUUUCUCAAGGAGAUACAUGGGUGAAGGAAGAACUAUAUCUUGAAAAUCAAAUGAAGAAACUGUAUUCUUGAACAUUCCAAAGGGCGAGAGCUAAUUUCACCUUGUCGGCCCCCAUUUUGAGGUGGGGGGGGGGGGGGGGGCACUUAGCCUCUCUUUGCUGCUCCCUCUCCUCAUCGACUUGGAUGCUUUUGUCUGCUCCAGAGGUGCCUCACUGUGUUCUAUUAUGGGCCUCUGUACCGUGUAUGGAGGAGUGCAGAUGGGGGGGAGGCACUGUGCACUAAUCUCCAAACACCAC